AUGGCGGGUGGUGACCGGGCUGCACGCUGCGGAUCCCCGCUUGCGCCUUCCUUUCUGGGUGUGGACUAUUUGGGUGUCCAUGAACUUAUCUUCAAUUCUGUCAUCAAGUGCGGUGUCAAUAUCAGCAAAGAUGUCUAUGCCACCGCAGUGCUGCCUGUAGGUACCACCAUGUACCUAGGCAUCGAUUACACCAGGAUACAGAUCACUGCUCUGGCUCCUAGUACAGUGAAGAUCAACACCAUUCUCCCCAAGUCCAAGUACUCCAUGUGGAUAGGCAGUUCCACUACGGCCUCCUGGUUCAGCAAGGAGGAAUACAACGGUCCUUCCUUCAUAUACAGCAAAUGA